CCGUUUUCAGCUGUAACCCUACAGCUCACUUCGUUCGGUGGCACUUCCCUCACCAAGCAAGAACCGCUUGUUUCGAUCUUCGUGUUUGCAGUACAUAUGUAUGUGGUGUGUGUAUAUAUAUAUAUGUAUAGUUUAAGUACUUUGUGACCCUUUCAUCUCUCCAUAACGUGUGUUAACAUGACGAGCUUCUACAACGAAGUUUUCACCCAUUCCUCGACCUGAACGCCGACGCAAGCUCCGCCGGGUCCAUUUCGACGGAGGAUGGUGACUCGCCGCCGUGCAACUGUGGUCUCGGUUUGUUAAAUCCGAUGAGUUCAUCUCAUGUUCUUGAGUUCUCCGUCGCCGGAGUUUCUCGUAUGUUGCCGGAGAUGAUAGAUCCGGACGGUCUGAUGUCGUGUACGGAGUGUCUAGGGUUCGAGAGCUACGACGAAACGAGGGUCUCCGACGGUACGACGUGUCAUGCGGUAGAGAGUGGGAUGAUGGCGUGUCAUGCGGCGGAGGAGGCGGAAGCCAUCGGGAAGAGGAGAAGGGAGGAGAAUACGGCGGAGAGGGAGAAGAAAAAGACAUUUCCUCCGCUGCUGACUUCGUUAGCCGACGGAGGAGGGAGGCGGUGGUUUAAUCUCCGGCAGGUGAGGAGAGAUGGGAGAUUGGAGAUCAGUCAGGUUUCGAUCCAACGGCCAGAGAUUCUCCGUACUUCACGUGAAAAUGGACGGCUGAGAUUGGAUCUUGUGGAGGCUGCUGAUAACCCUGCAAGUGCUUAUGAUUAUAACUUCCAAGAUCUUAGAGAUUCUCAAGAUGAAUGUGACGAUCAAGAAUUCAACAACGAUGUGGAUACAUCAAUUUCGGAACAUCUUAAUGAUGAUGAUGAUGAUGAUGGUGAUGGUGAUGGUGAUGAUGAUGAUGAUAUAUACCAAUCUCCUACACAUCAAAAAGAGAUCGAUGAAGAUGGAGAUUCAUCACAUGGAAAAUCUGAUCACAUCGUGGAUCUAUGCGGUAAUGGAAACGUUGAUGAGGAUAGACUAGAACACGAAAAUAAUACUGAUGAUGAUGAUGAUGAUGAUGGAGUCGAUGAAGAAUGGAGGUACAAGACAUAUCAUGAGGUUGUGAUGAGCAGUGAUCAUCAUCAUGACCAUGAUCAUCAUCAUCAUCCAUGCCAUCCACCAUACCAUCAUAAUCACAGUAUGCAGUUAUGGAGGCAAAGAUACGUGACGACCAGAUGAGGGUUUCGACAUGUACGUGGCUGUCGCCAAAAUGAAGACAAAACUAAAAAAUAAAAGGGUGAAGAAAAAUAUUUCAAAAAUGGUGUUUACGGAAUAAUGCAAACUUUAAAAAAAAACCUUUUUCUUAUUUAUUUCUACGCAUUCUAUCCAUUGGAAAUGCGUCAAUAUUUAUAACUCACUAGUAAUUAAAUGAAAUAUGCGUUUAUUUUGGUGAUGUAAAAUUUUUGAAAUAUAUAAAUUUUAGCAAUU